AUGGACAAGGAUCAAACUGUUAGCGUUAAAAGUAAAGGUACUAAUCAAUUGAGUCAAAAGGUGAAGACAAGGCGAUUAUCUCGACGUGGCAAACCGCCAUACUCGUAUAUCGCGCUGAUUGCGAUGGCGAUUGUAAACUCUCCAAACAAGAAAUUGACCUUAUGUGAUAUUUAUCAAUUCAUAGCCAAGCACUUUCCUUAUUACAGCCUAUCAUGUAAAAGUUGGCAAAAUUCAAUCAGGCAUAAUUUAACUCUAAAUGAUUGCUUUAUCAAAUUGCCACGUGAGACGAACCAGCCCGGCAAAGGCCAUUACUGGGCUUUGGAUCCAUCUAGCGAAGGCAUGUUCGAUAGCGGAAGUUUCCUCAGGCGUCGAAAACGAUUUAAA